GUCACGCGGGGCGAGUAAAAGUUGGGAUAGGACUGAGCUCCGGCGGGUGAAGGCGAAACACAGAGGAUUCAUAGAGACAUAGAAGGAAUACGUUUCCCCGUUUAAUGAAGUUAUAUUAAACCAGUGGAUGGAAGCAGAAGACAGUGUUUUUGGAAGAAAUCGAGGGUAUUCCAGGAAACGUGGAUAAAGGGCUAAGCGACUUUGUGUGAAGUUGGUAGUUGAGCUCUUGGCGUUCACCGCGGGACCAGCGAGACUCACUGCAACUGUUUUACUGCCGAAAAAGGCUGAACCGCGAGUAAAAUGAAUCUAUAAGUCUGUGAUUGGCCCUCGUGGCGUUUUGUAAAUGUUGUGACAUUGCACGGGAGAAGUCCACGGUUGAGUGGCGGGGUAAAACCCGAGCUGUCAAAACCGAUGACUACAGCAAACUGCACCGGGAAUGAGGAGCUGGACUUCAGGCUUAUGUUUGGAGAGGACAGCCAGCCGCAGCCGCUGGGUCCCACAGACCUGGAGCCUGAUGACAACACUUCCUUCUACGUCCUGAAUGUGGAGCAGCCUCAGACGCACGUCUCCAACCAUCAGACCAUGAACAUGGCUCGCCAUGGUGUGCAGUCUCACACACAGGUCAUCAGUGCGUCUCCGCGCCUUCAGCUGCACAAACAGGGCCCUGGGCACUUUGACUCACACCACAAAUAUGGCACAUCUCCUCUGCUGGCCUCUGCCCCUGUGGAGGCUCCCAAAGCCUUUGAAUGUCCCAGCAUCCAGAUCACCUCCAUCUCACCCAGUUGCCAGCAGGAGAUGGAUGCCAAUGAGGAUGACCUGAGGACCAACGGUCCUGAUGGGGAUUACCAUGGCGACAGACCUCUAUCCAGAGACCACCUGUAUCUACCCCUUGACCAUUCGUACCGGGACUCGUCCCUGAGCCCUAGCCCAUGCAGCAGCCUCUCCUCACGGAGCUGGUUUUCUGAUGCAUCGUCCUGUGAGUCUUUCUCUCAUGUCUAUGACGACGUGGACUCAGAACUAAAUGAAGCGGCCGCCCGCUUCACUCUGGGGUCUCCGCUCACGUCUCCUGGAUGUGUGUCCCCUCACUCGCCUCAGGCUGGAGGGGUCAUUUUGGAGGAACAGCCUGCGUGGCAGCACCAGCAACCCGCCUUCAUACAUCACCCCAUAAGCUUGUCCCCCCGUCAGUCGCCUGGACACUCCCCACGCACCAGUGUCACUGAUGAGAACUGGCUAAGCCCACGGCCUCCCUCUAGGCCUUCAUCACGGCCUAACUCUCCCUGUGGAAAGAGGCGUCACUCUAGCGCUGACAUCUGCUAUGGAGGCUCUGUGUCCCCACAUCGCUCUCCCACACCCACACCGGGACCCUCACCCCGGGGAAGUGUCACUGAGGACACCUGGCUGGGGAGCUCUUCCAUGGGUUUAUCGCCCUUCCAGUGCUGCCCAUCUGAGGCAGACAUCCCAUCUAAGACCAGGAAAACGUCUCAGGACAGAACUGCUAUGCAACAGGGGAAAGGGGACAUUGGCCUGGAUGAGUCCGACAGCAUGUCUCCCAGCCUGGACUCUCCGUCAGAGGAGCUGGUGCACAGCCUAAAGAAGGAUGGACCAGGAGAACAGUUCCUUUCAGUGCCGUCACACUUCUCAUGGAAUAAACCCAAACCUGGGCAUACACCAAUAUUCAGGACCUCAUCUCUGCCUCCUCUAGACUGGCCACUUCCAAACCAGUUUGGCCAGUAUGAGCUCAAGAUCGAUGUGCAGCCCAAAGCCCAUCACCGAGCACAUUAUGAGACUGAAGGAAGUCGAGGAGCUGUCAAAGCUGCUUCUGGUGGCCACCCCAUAGUAAAGCUCAUGGGAUACAGUGAGAAGCCUAUCAAUCUGCAAAUGUUCAUUGGCACAGCAGAUGACCGCUAUUUGAGACCCCACGCUUUCUACCAGGUCCACCGGAUAACAGGGAAAACUGUGGCCACGGCUAGCCAAGAAAUCAUAGUGUCCAGCACCAAAGUUCUAGAAAUUCCUCUUUUGCCUGAAAACAACAUGUCAGCCAGUAUUGACUGUGCCGGUAUCCUAAAGCUACGAAACUCUGACAUUGAACUGCGUAAAGGAGAGACAGACAUCGGACGAAAGAACACCCGGGUGCGUGUGGUGUUCAGGGUGCACAUCCCACAGGCCAAUGGGAAGGUGCUUUCGCUGCAGGCGGCUUCCAUCCCUGUAGAAUGCUCCCAACGAUCAGCUCAAGAGCUACCCCAGGUGGAGAAGUCCAGCCUGACCAGCUGUCUAGUCAGUGGGGGAGAGGAGCUGCUCAUCACCGGCUCCAACUUUUUUCCAGAGUCCAAGGUCAUCUUCCUGGAGAAGGGCCCUGACGGAAGACCACAAUGGGAGGUAGAAGCAAAAAUUAUUUGUGAAAAAUCUCAAGGGUCCUGCAUACUGGUGGAGGUGCCUCCGUAUCACAGUAAGACUGUGAGCUCAGCUGUGCAGGUGCAGUUCUACGUCUGUAAUGGCAAAAGGAAAAGAAGCCAAUCCCAGCGCUUCACAUACCUGCCAGUAUUGGUCAAACAGGAACAGCGAGAGGACUUGGAGCAUCCUGCUGCGGCCCCUCUGACCAUGCCCCUGGCACACAGUGCCACUCUGGUGCGUACCCAGCUGCCUUCUCCUGAGCAUGGCCCCCCACCGGACGGCCUUCUGUCCAGCUCGCCUCAUGGUCUGGCUGCUAGCUCUGGCCCGGGCCUGUUGGUCCCACACCCCCCCUGCCCCCCACUUAGCUCCCCCUCAUUCCAACACCUGCCUCACCUUCAGGGACACAGUUUGCAGCAGCCGCCCACAGACUGCCACAUGUCUUUCCAGCCCAGUCCUGGUCCCAGUCCUCAUCCUGCUCCUCCGCGCCCAUCCUAUGGCCCCAUGCAUAGCCACACCCCCAGUCUGGCUUUCAACGGCCAGUCCAGUCUGACUGCGCAGGGCUAUGAGAGCCUCCCCUUUCAGCAGAGUACUAAUACAGGACCCCACUCCGUAAGUCUUGGAAUAGGCUACUCUUCAUCUUCCUGCCCCUCGCCCUCUGCCCCACCGUCUUCGUCUCUCCUCGCAGGCUCCCCUCAGAAUCAGUCUCUUCUGGGCCUUCACGGCCUGGGAGGCUAUCACUGUGGGCCAAACUCCACACAGGCGCCCUCUUCCUCGGCUCACCCACUCCUAGGGCAACACUCAUCCCCCCUGCAGCGGACUAUGGCGUACCACCCUGUAGGUCAAAGGUCAGCGUCCUGUCCCACACCCUCUUGUGCGCCCCCUCCCAGAAUGAUCCCUUCUCCGCACUCAGGGCCGUCAUCGCCCCAGCUGCACUCUGUGUCGUAUCAGUCCCCCUCAUCAUCCUCCCCCACCUCUGGGGGCAGUCCUCUGGGACCUCUACAGCAGCAUUCAGGACAGCUCUCUCCUCAGACCACCAGCCCCGUUAUGGCCACCCUGUCCCCUCCAGCGGGACCUUUGGGGCAGUACUCCUCGGAUGCAGACAGACUCAACAUUAAACAGGAGCCAGAGGACAGAGAGCCUGCCUUCCGCUCCAUUGGCCUGCAGGACAUCACGCUGGACGAUGUUAAUGAGAUCAUCGGCAGAGAUAUGUCCCAGCACCCUGCAGCAGCACACAACCAGUCGUAGCUAAGGAUCCACCUCCACCCCAACUCCAGCAGCAUAGAGGAAGUAUGACUGUGGCCAAAGACAGAGCCACAAGAACCUGCACAGUCCCCACGACGACCAGAGGACAGUUCCCAGUUCCCCUCACCAACUGUUUAGUGACACCUGCUACGUGAGCCAUGCCGAGACAAAGCUCUUUUUAUAUAGUCCAUAUUUACAGCUGUGUUGUUAGCCCUAUUUCACCAGCACUGACUUCCAUGAACGAUGACCUCUUCUGUGAGCUCCAUAGAAACCUCAGGAGCGUGCAGCCACUGAGCCAGAUCUGCAGUAGCACAAUCAACCACAACAGACAACCACACUGCUAUGAAGCUGUCUCUACAUUUGAAAAAAGCUGUCUACAAAUCCCAAUCAGGAAAGAUGUGUAUGGCGUCUUGGCCACAGCACUAUUGAUUGUAGCAUCUUGGUUUAAGGCCAUGGAAAACUUUGGGAUUUUCGGUCUGCAACAUUCCACAUCUUUAAUCUCCUGGGACGUCCGUAGACUGUCUGUCUCAGCCCCUUCUACGCCAAGUUGAACAAAUGCCUUAUAAUGUUUUAGCAGCUUUGAAAGGUAGUGAAAGCUUUUGUUGAUUUGCACAACUGACUAUUUUAGUGUGUGCAUGAUUUAGGAUAGGCUGUGACCCCUUAUGUCAUGUUACUAGAGUGUUUUGAUGUAUUUUGGCAUGUUAAGAUAGAUAUAGCAACACAUGAAUGAAAUUAAUGAAAGAUGGGAAUGACAUGGAGCUAUGGAGAUGCCCAUUUGCUCUGCAUCCACUGGUACAAUGUAUUUUAUCAGGCAAGCUCAAAUGACCCACAAGUUUUUAAAAGGCUUAAGAGGCUUAAAUGUGCUUUUGAUAGUCCAGCAAUAAUGACUACAUUUCCCAGAACCCUCUGUGUGCCUUCCGUUUGCUUACAAGACACUUUAUGGCAGCAUUGGGAAACAACCAUAUGUUUUGUAUUAAAUAUGUUUAUAUAUAAUGCUAGUAUAUAUAAAAUCCCUUUGUAAGAACAAGGAGGAAUUCAGGUCUGAAUUUAAGACUUUUCCUGUAUGUAGGGCCUCUAUGGCAGCAAUAACAACAUCAACCUGAUCAGUCAUAUAGCAAUACUGUGUUGGUCUAGUGUACUUUCAUUGGCUUUUGACAAUGUCACUCCUGCACCUGGCAGACACAGAGUGUUGCCCAUGAGGGAUUUACUCAGUUUCCUGGUGAAAGUGAAUUUGCUAUGCAUUUUAACAAUGCCACAUGCCUUAUUAUAAAACAAAAAUAUAUAUAUAAAAAAAUACCUUGAUGCCUAUAGAUUAGACUGUCAACAUAUUGUUUGUGCUAGUUUAAUUGUGUUUGUUGAUUCCCUGGAUUUGACCCUCAGGCUUUUUAAAGACAGAUUCAGUGCAGUGUGCAUUUAUUGUGUGAAUGGAUGCGAUUGGUAUUGAAUGCAACAUAACAUAUAUUGUGAUGUGUCCUGUUAUAAAAACAGAGAGGACACGUGCAUUCAGUUUAUGCAAAAUAUAGAUGGCAAAUUACAUAUGAAGACAUACAACUGUUUUUACUGCAACAUUUUAUAACAAACUUUACCAGUGACCAUUAGUGGAAUAAUGGUGGUAUUUGUGAAUACUCACUGAAAUGAUGCCUUAUAUAUAUACCAUCUUGACAAGACUUACCAUUUUAAAAUAAAUAUAGGCAAUUUAGAAAGACCAGCAAUGACCCCAAAUUCUGGAUGCCGUCCUCUCUGUCACAACCAAAGAUCAAACAAAAUGUCCCCAUGAAACUGUAGUCCAAUGCUACCUAUUUGAUAUUUUCAAAUGGAUGUCAUUCCUAGAAUGUUCGGUACACAUCAGAGUGUUGCGUGCAACAUAUAUGCAGAAUUUAAUGCAUACAUCUAUGCCUAUAUAUUGUAUAUUGGUAUUGUAAAAAAAUGUAAGGGAAAUACAGUUUUAGCUUACGUUUACCAAGCCGUGUAUUGUAAUUUCUUGUAUAUUUUGUAUGUUGAAAUUUUGUAAUUUUUAAGACUGCAGUGCUUUUUGCAUUAUACUGUACUGUAGGCUUUAAAUAGUGUAUAUCAAUAAAAGACAAAAACCUUACUGUC